UCGUGCGAAGAAAUUGUACAUUCCGGACGUACCUCUCGUACUUUACAUGUUUAUCGGCCUAGUAUCGAGAAAAUAGAACAUGUUACUAGUUUGUUCAGUGGCAUUUUCUACCCUUCUUCUAUCCGCCGUCACCGUGGUCAACUGUGAUUUGGAUUUACAAUUGUUGCACGUGGUGUUUCGACAUGGCGACAAGGUGCCACAUCGGGAGUAUCAAAAUUAUCCCAACGAUCCUUACCGCGACUACUCGUAUUAUCCAAUGGGAAAUGGAGACUUAACGAACCAAGGUAAGCUACGCGAAUACAGGAUUGGGACAAUGCUCCGUGAACGUUACGAUCGAUAUUUCGGGCCGGAUUACUGGCCGGAGAAGAUCUAUGCCCGAUCGACCAGCGUCCCAAGGACUCAGUUGUCUUUACAGCUAGUCCUGGCAGGAUUAUUCCCGCCGUCGGAGAAGCAAACCUGGAAUCCGCAUCUACCCUGGAUUCCAGCAUCCACGUUCUUCGUGCCCUACGAGUCUGACAAUCUCCUGUUUCCGCAUCACUGCCCCAGGUACAGAGAAGAAUACGACAAAUUCCUUCGACAAGGCAAAGCGAAGGAGUUACUGAGCAAAUACAGGCACGUGAUGAAAUAUUUGACCGAGCGAACGGGAAAACCCAUCAACACUACAGCCGCUGUCACUUAUCUUUAUAAUCUAUUAAAAGAACAGGCAACUCAAAACCUGACUCUCCCAAGAUGGACGGAGGAGGUUUAUCCUACGCCCAUGAAAGAAAUACUCGCGUUGGACUUUAAACUCAGAUCAUACACAAGGACGCUGAAACGUCUGAACGGAGGUUUGUUGAUACGUAAAAUGGUGGAGGAUAUUAAGACAUACAUAGCAGGGAGAUUAGAACCGUACGAUAGGAAAGCGUUCCUUUUCUCGGCCCAUGAAAUGAACGUUGCCGCGGUAGCGAAAGCCCUGGGAUUGGACGAACCUAUUGUUCCUGCAUACGGUUCUACCAUCAUUUUGGAAACGCUGCGCGAUAAGAAAGGAAAUUAUUACGUUCGGGCUCUACUCUGGACUGGGGUUUCCGAACAACUGAUAAUCCAAACGGUCCCUGGUUGCACUGAACUGUGUCCUUUAAACGACUUUAUUGGCAUCGUCAAGGAUGUGCUGCCAAGCAACGACGAAUAUUACUGUCACCCUACCGAGAGCAUGGGACAAUCGAGCAAGAACGAAGAAACGUAUUCCUCAGGGUCCAGUUUAACCGUAGGAAAUAUCUGGUAUUAUCUACUGCCCUUUCUGUUCCUUAUACUUUCAUCUCUACGUUCUGAUGUCGUUAACGUCUAACGUUAAUUUUAUACCGAGACAGCAAAGAUUGCAAUAAUAUUGUUAACGUUUGCAGAAUGUUAUUUAGAUAUUUUGCAUAUUCGAACUCGGACACGUAGUAAAACUAACCGAAUGCACGCGAGAAAAGAACGAAGAGACGUUUGUUUACGUUUAACAGAUUCAUCG